GCAGGCCAGUAGGAGCUAUGACGUCACGCCACUUGGAGCUGUCGCUGGCGUACUUCAUACUCGUAUGCGACCGUUGCUGUAUACGUUUCGCCCCGCCCUCUUCGCGGGUAUGAUUCUCCUCCAACGAUGGUGUUCGCCAUGACAGUGAGCUCUUCGCUGUCGUCUAGCUUCUUUGGCGCACUCGAGGGCGCAUUCUCAGUGUUCCUCAUUCUCUUUGCUGGCUACUAUGUAGCAGAACGAGGUCUCAUCGACCGCAACACUAUCAAACGAGUUUCAAAUCUCUGCACAGUUUUCUUUCUCCCGUGUCUCAUCAUCGUGCAAAUGGGACCAGAGCUCACGGUCACCAAUCUCAGCAAAUUAUGGAUCAUACCGCUUUGGGGUCUUGCCAGCACACUUCUUGCGCAUGGUGUUGGAUGGCUUGGCCAGAAGGCGCUCAAGAUGCCGCACUGGACAGUUGUCGCCUCAGGUCGCCCAAACGCGAAUGCUCUUCCUCUUCUGUUACUUCAGUCCUUGCAGUAUACCAGCGUGUUUGACGACCUCUCUACGGCCGGAGAUUCUGUAUCUGAUACCCUUGACCGUGCCAAAUCCUUGAUUCUCCUCAACGUCAUUGUUCAGCAAACGUUCACGUAUCAAUUUGCGCCUUCAGUUUUGAAAAUGGACAAGCCGAAGAUCAUGGAUGCGAAUGGGCGUGAUAUAGAGAACCAAGCGUCAUCAGUUCCUGAAUCCCGUCAGCAAAUACCUCCGAUCGUGCAGGAUAGAGAACAUGUCGGAUUACUGCAGGACACGAAUGGGCACUCCUAUGGUACGAACGGAGAAGCCCACUACUCCAAAGCCUUGAAUGCUAUCGUGGACCAACCCGAUGUUCACUGGCCACGAAGUGUGAGCGUCGCGGAGAAGCCGGUGAAGAAAAUACUCCGCCAUAUGAGCCCACCAUUGAUUGCUGCUAUCAUUGCCUUUAUUAUUGGGAUAAACCCUCCUUUGCAUGUCAUGUUCUAUGACAAACAUGGCGCCAUAUACAACUCCAUCACUCAAAGCUUGAAGAAUCUGGGAGACCUGUUCAUCGCCCUUCAAACAGUCGUCGUGGGAGCGGAGCUUGCCCUUGUUCCUCACACCAAGCCAGGUAUCCUACCGACCACAUACACGCUUGCAGUUCGCUUCGUAAUGAUGCCUGCUGUGAGUCUUUUGUUUGUAUGGGGUACCGCUGGGCGAGGCUGGUAUGUGGAUGAUAAACUUGUUUGGUUCCUGUUGGUCCUCAUUCCUUCGGGUCCAUCGGCCAUGCUCCUUGCGAGUGUAGCAGAAUUGGUCAACGUAGACCAAGGUCCCAUCACCGGAUACCUCACUAUAUCUUAUCUCUUCUCGCCCUUUAUCGCUGUAAUUUGCUCCGUGGCUUUGAAGGUUGUUGAGGCCGCUGGAAACCGGUUAUGAUUUUUCAGGGACUUGAGUCACGUCGUGCAUAUCCUUAUACUCAAAGAGAACACAUACAACUAUGACCCUAAGAAUAUAUACCGUUAAAUGGUUGUAGUGACUCCUGCAAUGGUAGACAAACAUAUAUGAUGUCAUUCAACCUUGCACACUAUAAAAGGCAAAUGCUUUAGAAAUCAACAGAGACAAAUCUC